AUGGCGUUUGCAGCUUUCCUGGCUGACAUCCAAGCAGAGGCCAGCUGCCCACGCUGUCUGGAUUACCUGAGAGACCCAGUGACCCUUGAGUGUGGCCACAACUUCUGUGAAGCCUGCAUCCACCAGUGCUGGGUUGACCUACAGGACGUCUUCCCGUGUCCCGUCUGCCUCCACCACUGCCCUGACAGGAACUUCAAGAGGAACAACCAAUUAUGUCACAUCGCUGAGGUCCUUAAGCAGCUCCGCACUGGAAGGAGUAAGAGGAAAUGGCAGGCAGAGGAACCCCUGUGUAAGAAGCACAGUGAGGCCCUGGACCUGUUCUGUGAGGAGGACCAGCAGCUGUUGUGUCCCCAGUGUCGAGUCUCCGCUCAACAUCAGGAUCACCACCUGAUCCCCACUGAGAGAGCUGCAGAGAGUCAAAGGAAGAAGCUCAAAGGAUUCACAGAACUUCUGAAGACAAAGAUCAGGGAUGCUAAAAGCGGGUGUGAAAAUCAAAUUGCACAAAGUGUGGAAAGGAAGUUGAAGAUAGAAACCUGGAAGGAACAACUACGCUCUGAAAUUGAGCAGUUCAAAAUUUUCUUGAACAAAGAGCAGUUUUCAAUUCAGGCCAGAUUGCUCAAAAGACAGAGAGAGAUGGAAGAAAAGCUAGCGCAAAACAAGAGCCAAAUUUUAAGCGAUAUGGACAUGGUGAAAACUCUCUUGCGUGACAUAACAGAGAAGUGUUUGCAGGCUGACCAGGAUUUACUAGCCAGUGUUGAGGACCUGGAGAGCAGGUAUGAAAACCCGCCCUCCCCCGCAGUCUCCUCAUAUGAACUGGAGAAAGAGAGCUGCCCUCUUCCUCCUCAUUAUGUUGGUCUGCACAAAAUGAUGAGCAAAUUCCAGGUGGGUUUGACACUGGAUCCUGAGACCGCCCAUCUAAAUCUGACUGUCUCCAAAGAUAGAAAAAGUGUCAGCCUUGGAACAAGUUUCCCGCCCCUGCUGGACGACCCCCAUGUUGACAAGAUUACUCCUUUCCCAGCUGUGCUGUGUUGUGAGGCCUUUGAUGGAGGCAGGCAUUUUUGGCAGAUUGAAGUGAGAGGCAUAGGCGAAUGUUCCCUAGGAGUGUGUAAAGAAUCCUUCCGUGAUCGGCUUUUCACACUUCCCUUCUCUGAAAAUGACUUAUGGCAAUCGGAUGUAUCCUUGACUGUCCCUGGUAAUUUGCGCAUUGAACAACCAGAACAAUUUAAAAACACAGAGGUCUCCCUGUUCGUCGGUAUGGAGGUCCAGUCCUCGCCAAUUCUGCAAUACAACUUGGGCAAGAGAAUUUAA